AUGACAUUGACUCCGCGGUCGACGAUUGGAACAAACUUUUCACUCACGUUGCCGAUAGUCAUGCUCCAACAAGAAAAUCAAGAAUUAAAGGGGUCCGUUCUCCUUGGAUGAAUGCAAGGCUAUCUGAAGCUAUGCACAAACGAGAUCAUUACCAUCGUAAAGCCCUGAAAUCAAAGUCUGGCAAUCAUUGGUCACGUUAUAAGGAACUUAGGAAUUACGUAAAUAAGGAGAUAAAGAGAUGUAAGUCGGAAUACUAUUCUAAGCUUAUUACCGGAAACAAAUCUAAUGCGAGUGCGUUAUGGAAAACUCUUAACGACACAACAUCUCGCAAAGAAAGAACUCCCAUCUCCUGCAUUGAAGCCGACUGUGUUCAAUACUGUAGCAAUAAAUCUAUAGCCAAGAUUCUCAAUGACCAUUUUUCAACAAUUGGAACCAAAUUAGCGCAGAAGCUCAAUUCUUACAGGUCCUACAUCUUCUCGACACCUACGGUAAACUCGAGUUUACCCUAUGAAAUUACUUUCGAGCCAAUUAUGGAAGACUUCAUUCUUCGUCAGCCACAACAGCUCAAAACCAAUAAAGCUAUCGGUCUCGAUAACUUCAGUGCGCGUCUGCUGAAAGAUUCAGCCACUAUUAUCAGUGCCAGCCUAACUAGAUUAUUCAAUCUUUCCCUUGAAACUCGCAUCUUCCCUUCCCUUUGGAAAUUUGGAAAAGUUACAGCAUUAUUCAAGAAAGGUGAUCGCUGCGAUGCUAACAAUUACAGGCCCAUUACUGUACUGCCAACGAUAUGUAAAAUCCUAGAAAAAGCCGUGCACAUCCAACUGUAUGCUUAUCUUAAGAACAAUGAGAUCAUUACAUCCAAACAAUUUGGUUUCAGACCGAAGUUAUCAACCGGGACAACUUUGGCUUAUUUCACAGACAAUAUUCUUCAGAAUAUGGAAGCUGGUUCCUUUGCAAGUGCCGUUUUUUUAGACUUAUCUAAGGCCUUUGAUACAAUGGAUCAUCACUUGCUACUACGAAAGCUGACGAACAUCGGUCUUACCAAUGAUGAUUUUAUAUAUAUGAAAUUCAUAUAUUUGCACUGCGGUGAAAAGAUAAUAUUUAGAGAUCCUCGCAGCUAAGAACACUACUGAAACGAGUAGUUGAUAAUAAGACCUGAAAAAAAUUCAGGCCCGUACAGGAUUUGAACCCAUGACCUCUGCGAUACCGGUGCAGCGCUCUACCAACUGAGCUAACAAGCCAACUGGGAGCUGGGCAAUGUGUUGGGUCCAAAUAAACCAUCCAAGUAAAGAAUGAUGAUUUUAUAUAUAUGAAAUUCAUAUGUUUGCACUGCGGUGAAGAGAUGAUAUUAAGAGAUCCUCGCAGCUAAGAACACUACUGAAACCGCUCUGCGGUUUAAAUCGUGUCUCACAAACAGGUCACAAAUCACAUUGGUUGGAGAUGCUCACUUUGCAGCUACCGAAAUGCCUGUCGGGGUACCCCAAGGCGGUAUAUUGGGACCUUUACUGUUUUUGAUUUACGUGAAUGAUCUUCCGGAUUGUGAUAUUACCCUUUACGCGAACGAUACUGUAAUCUAUUACUCAAUCAAAAAUGUCAGUGAUCUUGGACAUCAAAUCAAUGCUGACUUGCGAACAGUGUCUGAGUGGUUCUCUAGAAAUCUCCUUACUCUAAAAAUAUCCAAGUUCAAUUUUGUUAUCUUUGGAAGUCAUCAGAAACUGAAUCGCAUUCAAGAUAUUUUGGUUAAAGUAGAGGUCACUUGUAUUGAGAGAACACAAUUAUUCAAGUACCUAGGCGUGACAUUCAACCAAUCUAUGUCAUAGACAGAUCAUAUCGAUGCUAUCAGCACGAAGAUUAAUCAAAGGAUAGGCCUAAUCAGGAGAAUCAGGAAUGUAUUGCCACUACAAACUAGAGUUACCUUGUACAAUACCCUAAUCUGCCCUCUUUUUGAUUGCGGAGAUGUUAUAUGGGGGGACAAGAACAAUGACACCAUAAUGUCGGAAUUACAGAUCCUACAGAAUAAUUGAAUUUAUUUAAUUAAUUAGUUAAUGAGGGCCCCUCUGAAAACCGCUAUGGCGAGUUGGGCUCCCUCGUUAAAUAUUAUUAUUAUUAUUAUUAUUAUUAUAAUAAGUAGUCAUGGUCAACCUUGACUGAGUCUAAACGACCUGUUUGUAUUGUCUUCCAGCUUUUUUGAACUGUUAGGUAAAGCAGAGCCAAUUUAUUCAAAAUUUAUCUUCGGAAAUCAACGUUAGCAGCUUGAGCUCAAAUGUCCUCAAUUGCAGAUAGCAGAUUAUCCUCCGUAAAAGCUUUUGGAAGAAAAAUGUUUAUGGCAUUUGACCCCUAUUUUGUGGACCGUGUAUUUAGCAGUCAACCCGUAUUAAGUGGUCACCCUGACAUUGACAUUCCACGUGGGUGACUGGUUGGACUGUAUUCGGUACUAAGUAAGUGUUAAGCAAAUUCCAAUAGAAGGCUGUGUGGAUUGUAGUGACAACAUACAGUACAUGUAGACACUAAUUGUCUCUCAGUGAUCUGAUGAUCUAGAACCCGAUCAUCCUAUAUCCUGUUUGUUCACUUGUUUUUAUUUUUCUUAGGUCUGCGGUGGUGGGCUACGGAACUCCAAUCAAAGAUGACUUUUCUAUGCUUGUGUGGUUGAUUAUAUUUAUUGGUUUUGGCACACCCAUGCUUCUAAUUUUUAUCACCAUAAUUUAUGUUAUUAUCAAGAAAGUCAAAGCUAAGAAAGCAACAUCCUCAUAUGGCAUGAUUAACUAA